UGCAUCGUCAUCGCCCCCUCCUGACCCAUAAUACUCCUAGUCCUCUGUACCCCGUGAUCCCUCCGGGCGCCCCGCGUUCUGUGAUUACUUGCCGAUUCUGGCAGCCGGCGUCUUCUGAGAGCCAUGGGUGGAGGAAUGAGCCAGAUCCUGGACGGGUUAUAUCUGGGGAACAUACGGGAUGCCGAGGACAAGGCGUCUCUGAGCAGACACGGGGUCACACACAUCGUGUCUGUCCACAACAACGCCAAGCCCCUCCUGCCGGACAUGACCUAUCUGUGUAUAGCGGCCUCGGACUCCGAGCGGCAGAACCUGAUCCAGCAUUUUAAGAAGAGCAUCCAGUUUAUCCAUGAAUGUCGUUUACAUGGCGGUGGCUGCCUCAUACACUGUUUGGCAGGGGUGUCUCGCAGCACCACCAUCUUGGUUGCCUAUCUCAUGACGGUGACAGCGUUUGGCUGGGAGGAAUGUCUGUCUGCUGUGAGAGCCGCGAGGUCUUAUGUGGGGCCGAACCUCGGGUUUCAGCAGCAGCUGCAGGAAUAUGAAAUUACCCUAGUGAAAGAGUACAGAAUGUGGCUGCUGCAGGAAUAUGGGAGAAGCCCCUUCAAAGAUCAGGAAAAAGUCCUCAAGUUACUGUCCGAGCAAGAGCAGAAAGAGCAAGUGAGGCAAAGCCAAACCCGCUGGAUCAAUCGGCCCCAGACGGACUACUCGCUGCCUUACAAAGCCUACGGCGACAGAAGCAGGUGGAGCAACGUAUAGGGGACAAGAGGAUCAUGGACGGAAUGUAGUGGGGAGGAGGCAGAAGCUACAAAGAACGACACCAUAGUACAAGAAAAUGUUCUCCAACCGUAUAAUAUAUGCCGUGUUUCAAUCUCUCAUGAUCUCUGCUUACUGUCAGUGAACAGGAUCAUUCUUAUUUAUAUUCAGAGAUGGAAGUCCUGACCUAAUGCUUAUCAUGCUGAGGGUUUGUUACAUUGUAUCAGUGUAGCUAAUCCUCAGCUGGACUCCAGGCUGAUAUCUAUUGCAUGCACUGAUACAUUAUAACAGAUCCUGAGCUGAAUGAGCAGGGCUAUGGCUGGGGAGGAUACACGGUGACCUCAGCACAUAUUCCAUUGCCAAAGAUCGCAGUGUAGCCCCAGCCUCUGAAUGUAAACAAGAAUGCAUCCAUUCACUGACCGCAAACAGUGAGGAAUUGAAACACAAAAGCUCAUAUUCAUUAACCAGUUCGUACCUGUUUUAAAUGGUGGGUGUGUGGCCUAAAACUUAUUGAUGGAUAUACUUACAGAUGGGGGGGGUUGAAGGGUCACAUCCGCAUGCAGGCGUCCAAGCAUGGUGUCUGAUGGUCCUGGGAGGAGAUGCCAUUGACCAGCAGGUGCAGCCCUGGACCCUCUAAUGCUGCGGCACUGAUCCCUUCCUCCAUGUUGUAUCGUCCACAUUGUACUUCCCUUUUCUUGGAAAUGACAUUAAUUUGGAGUAAAUGUUUUUCACCGAAA